GUUUGUAGCUGAGUUGGGUUGGGCGCGGGCACCUCCGUGGGGCAGCAGCCGGAGAGGGAGCCAUGGGGACAGUGCACGCCAGGAGUCUGGAGCCUCUCCCAUCAAGUGGAACUGACUUUGGAGCACUGGGGGAGGAAGCGGAGUUUGUGGAAGUUGAACCUGAAGCAAAACAGGAAAUCCUGGAAAACAAAGAUGUGGUGGUUCAGCAUGUUCAUUUUGAUGGACUUGAACGGACCAAGGAUGACAUCAUCAUAUGUGAAAUCGGAGAGGUUUUUAAGGCUAAAAACCUCAUUGAGGUAAUGCGGCGGUCUCAUGAGGCCCGUGAAAAACUGCUUCGCCUAGGAAUUUUUAGACAAGUGGAUGUUUUGAUAGACACGUGUCAUGGCGAAGAUGCCCUGCCAAAUGGGCUAGAUGUCACCUUUGAAGUUACAGAGCUAAGGAGACUGACGGGCAGUUACAACACCAUGGUUGGAAACAACGAAGGCAGUAUGGUACUCGGCCUCAAACUCCCCAAUCUUCUGGGACGUGCAGAAAAAGUGACUUUCCAGUUUUCUUAUGGAACCAAAGAAACUUCCUACGGCCUGUCUUUCUUCAAGCCACAGCCUGGGAACUUCGAGAAAAACUUCUCGGUAAACUUAUAUAAAGUUACCGGGCAGUUCCCAUGGAGCUCACUUCGGGAGACGGACAGAGGAGUGUCUGCUGAGUACAGUUUUCCACUAUGCAAGACCAGUCACACUGUCAAGUGGGAGGGUGUGUGGCGGGAACUGGGCUGCCUCGCGCGGACUGCGUCAUUCGCUGUGCGGAAGGAAAGUGGACACUCAUUGAAGUCGUCUCUCUCGCAUGCCAUGGUCAUUGACUCUCGGAAUUCAUCUAUCUUGCCAAGAAGAGGGGCCUUGCUCAAAGUCAACCAGGAGCUGGCAGGCUACACUGGAGGAGAUGUGAGCUUCAUCAAGGAAGACUUUGAGCUUCAGCUGAAUAAGCCGCUUGUAUUGGAUUCGGUGUUCUCCACGUCCCUCUGGGGUGGAAUGCUGGUGCCCAUCGGUGACAAGCUAUCCAGCAUUGCUGACAGGUUUUACCUGGGAGGCCCCACGAGCGUCCGAGGAUUUAGCAUGCACAGCAUCGGACCCCAGAGCGAAGGAGAUUACCUGGGCGGGGAGGCAUACUGGGCCGGGGGCCUGCACCUCUAUACCCCACUGCCUUUCCGGCCAGGCCAGGGUGGCUUCGGAGAGCUUUUCAGAACUCACUUUUUCCUCAAUGCUGGCAACCUGUGCAACCUCAACUACGGUGAGGGCCCCAGAGCCCACAUCCGGAAGCUGGCUGAAUGCAUCCGCUGGUCCUAUGGUGCAGGCAUCGUCCUCCGGCUUGGCAACAUUGCUCGGCUGGAGCUGAACUACUGCAUUCCUAUGGGUGUGCAGCGAGGCGACAGGAUUUGUGAUGGCGUCCAGUUUGGAGCUGGGAUUCGGUUCCUGUAACUUGAGUCCCAGGGGCAGCGUGGAUGAGCAACGGGACUCUCCCAGGCUACAUGCCUGUUUGGAGGUGACACAGCUGAGUGCUUCUGGGCCGUCAUCCUUAUGGGAAAUCACGUCAAUAAAUUUUAAACACUCAGCUGUA